AGCAUCACGAAACCCGGAAUUUAUCAAUUCCACGAAUUCCGCACAAACAAACGAAUGGCGAUGAGCAAAGAUAAUCACUCGCCAACGCAAACAAAACGAACGCCGGCCAAGUGCCAAGCAAAAGCGCGCGAAGCGAUCCGCGGAAACAGUGCAAGAGCAAAUUUGUGAGAACUCUUCCCGGUUCUGUUCGAAUUCCGUGUUCCGUCGCUGUGCGGGGGUCGCAGCCAACAGAAAAAACUCGCCCGAGCCGCCCAAACCACUUCUCGCGACAAGGUGGCCGAAAGGGGCGGGUCCCCGGCCAAGCCCAAGUAACGCCUCUUCCACUAUUCCAUCUCACUCUGUCUCACGGCGCUGCAAGCUGCACUACUACACCUUCUAUCUCGCUCACACUCUCUUACCAAGUCCAAGAAAAUCCCAGGCUGACCCGGUUCGCGCCCAGUUUCGCGUUUUCAGUUUGCGUCGGAAAUUAAAAUGUGAAAGAUAUCAGUCGGGACGUCCGCAAUCUUCGCGCAAAGUGGAAAUUAUUUACUUUUCUCUGGUUCAGCUGAGGAACGGAAACGGCCCCGAAAGCCGCCAAGGAAAAUGGCUGAGUCCUCGAGGUCCGCGGAAAGCCGCUUUUAACGUUUCGCUGGUUCGGUGCGGCAGAAAAUUGCAAAACAAAAGAAUAUUCACUGUCGCGGAUGCUGUGCGUGCGGGCAGAAGAGAAACUACCGGAAAGUCGGGAAAAUUUGUGAAAAUUGCGAAUUUGUUUUUUUUUCUUCGGGAAAAGUGCAAGAGUCCGCGUGUGUAUGUGUCGUUGACGGUUCAGCGCGAUCUGAUUUUCCACGUGGGACGGUGGAUCUGAAAAACGCAAGAUAGAUUUUCACGCUCAAUUCGGCGCCUUGCAUUCUUGUGAUAAUUGAGCGCUCGCUUUUCCGUGUUUGCCGGCUCGGAUUUCACACGGUUUUCCGUGAGUUUGUUGGAGAAUUUUCUUGGGAGGCGGAUGUUGCGCCUCCAAGUUGUCCGUUACUUUGGUGCGUGAGUGAGUUUCUGUGCAAUAACGCGUGCCCCGAGCAAGUGUCGAGUGGAAUAAUCGCCAAAGAGCCAAGCCAAGUGCAUUGGGAAAUUGUUGUGUUGCGUUUUCAGGGUUUCGCGUGAAUUGCAAUAGAAUUCCAGAGGAUUAUACCCGCCCUCCCCCAGUUACAGUUGGACCGUCCCCGUCAAAGGAUUAUAUUUUGUGGAUUACUCGAUUGCUUGCUGCCGAUUCCACGGUUUUGACCUCGCAACGGAUUUUUAAUAUAAGAUAACUUGAUGAAAUACAUAUAAGGAUACGUGUUUUAACAUUUUUCGAAGGUCGCACGGAUUAUCUAUCACAACCCAGGCUUCCACGAAGACACCUUCCUCAAUGGACGAGAAUACUGAAACGAGUUGGAUUCCUUUCAUGAAAAGGAAGCUAAAAACAUAAAACUUGUAACACGGUGGACGUUAAAAAGGCAUGUUGGGUGCAACAACAUUGUCUGAAGGUCGUACACUGGGACCAUUGCCGCCACCACCACCGCCAGCCCUUAGCAAAUUCCUACAGCAUCACAACCGGUGUUGUCGAACCACUCAAAACCUAUCCUCGACCACUUCAAACAGUGGCAAUUGUAGUAAUAUUUGUAGCACGGAUAGCAACCAUCUUAUAUGGCCUCGAUUAUCGUUCCCAUUGCCACCGCAUCCAUAUCCGCUACCGCCACCGCCACCUUUCUUGCCACCACCACCACCACUACCACCUACAGCACCUGCAUCAUCGCUGGAAGCUGCUACGAAAGAUACCUCACUGCAUCCGGACUCUGCUGCACAUCUCAGUCGUCGCAUCCAUAGCACUGGCAAACGUACCUGUGGCGGUAGUAAGGGCGGUCAUCCCACCAGCAGUAAGGGGAGCAGCUGCAAGAGCACCACUGCUGCACUUAAAGUUCGCACCAGCUCUAAAGUGACUGAAUCGGUAUUUGCAUCAGGAGGUUAUAGCACGCCUCCUGCGAAUACACCGUUCCUACCCGUGUCACCUUUUGAAUUGGUAGCGAAGAAUUUCCAUCAAACUGGAUCAGUUACUUAUAGUCAGGCAAACAGCAUAUUCGUCCAGUCCCAAACGGAUUACUUAAGUACGUCUGCGAUUUCAAAGAAGACAGAGACAUGUUUUGGUCGUUGGGAGCAUACCUCCCUCGAACCACUACAUAUUCAGGUGCCACCCCUACAGCCAGUGACCAAUCUUACCAUUAAAUCAGAGAGCAUCAGUUGCGGAAGUUCACGUGGAAGCGCAACAAAAACAGACACAGAUCUGUUAACUCCACAUCAGUCACAAAAUCAUCCCAGUUUUCCUCAACACCAUCAAUAUUCGCAACUAGCCUCCUCUCAGGUAGAUGGCAAUCCCCCCGACGGUCUGGUGACAACAAUGUCUACUAGUAGCCCGUCGACAACGACGUUAAUGCACUCCACGAAUGAUAUUACAAACGGCUGCAGUCGAACUAUACCCAUUUCAUGGGCCACUUCAGCAUCAUCUGGAUCUUCUGGAUCAUCGGCAUUGUCGUCAUCUUCCACAUCAUCAUCAUCGCUAGCAUCGGUGGCAGGUUCAGGAAUAACCUCAUCUCCUAGCGUUCAACCUUCAUCCACGUCUAGCCUUUUGGGCUCUACAACAAAUUCUCCAUAUUUCCUGGAUGGCCACGGUAUUACCUCGUCAGAGAUUGCAUCCGCGUCAUCUUCAGGAUCUGGUGGUGCAGCAACACCAUCAUCAGCUGUGUCCUCGACGAAUUUGACAUUGUUACAAAUCAAGAGGGAACCGUGUCAAGUAUCUGAGGUAACAACCUCAAACAACCUAGGACAAUCACAUCAUCCUACCCAGCACCAACAUCCUCACGGCUCGAAUCCGGGCCAUCAUCAAAGGACCGCUUUAACAGCCGUUGUCAAAAUCGAAUCAUCGUCAUCCCCCAAAAGCACGGUCAUGGACAACCAUUCGAUAUCUGUGCCGCAAAGUUCUGCAGGAGCCAUCCCUGUAGGAAUAGCUGUGGCACGACAACGACUCCAAGAACACACAACGGUUUCCCAUCAACCCAAAGAGAUUAAUCGAUUUGGCAUCGGAAUUGCUGAUAUUGGUGGCGCCGCAUCAUCUCUUAGCCAAAACAUGUUUUUCACCGGAACCAAUUCGACCAUGAUACCAUUGAAUUCGGACGCCCUUACGAUGGGCGUGUCCAAUGUCCAAAGUGCAGUUCGAACUCCGCCCACACUAUGGCAAUAUCCAACAGCCCCGGUACCUGUUGAAUCGAUGGUGCCUAUGCCACCGGUCGGCUUCCAAUUGGUUCGUGAUCCCACAACAGGUCAAUUUCUAUUUCUGCCGACAGCCGCAACAAUAGAUUUUCUCUGUUUAGAACCAUUUCAACAAGCCCUGGUGUGGCCGGCAUACUCACAAACUACAGCAGCAAUUCAGCCCCCGUUGCUGAUACCGCCACUAGCUCAACCGCCCCCAUUGGCUCCGUUGCAGCUAUUGGGCUCUGAUUAUCUGACUACAGCCAGUACAACAUUGCAUCAGCAUACUCAAACACACAGCACUCGUUUCGUUGCCCUCACAUCCGACCCCAAACGGAAGACCACAACAGGACCUACAAUCCCUCUACCAAUCCCGCAUCAUGCCCUCAUUAAAAUCGAAGAUUGUAGUAGCGGGAGUACAACUACAACAGGAACGGGGACGACAACGGCUCAUCAUCAUCACCAUCAUCAGGCAGCAAUAUUCGGUGAUGAAAAGACAAACGGCUCAAUACACGCGUCGGCGGCUGCUGCAUCCGCGGCGACAAUUACAACGGCUGUACAAACUAACGACAUGGGAACAAACAUCCCAACUCAAUUGUACUAUCAUCAACCCUCCGCGGGGCUUAUUCAAAUUGCUCCACAUCAUGGCCAGAGCAAUGGUGCAAGUAUUCAGGAAUGUCGACCUCUUGUGGGCCACGAGUCUCCUCCGCCGCUCGUUAUACCGCCGAUGCUUGGAGCGGCAACCGUGGCCGCGACUCCUCCGGCCACAGGUGCAACCUGCCUCACGCCACCACCUGAACAAACAAUUGCGGCUGCAGCCGCUGCUGAGAACAUGAAUUUGGAGGCAGCAUCAAGUUGCGUUCCCGAAGUUCAAGAUGCAACUAUCCAAACCGACACGCCGGUCAUGAGUGAAGAUGACACCAUCGAAGAUUGCUCGUAUGCCAGCAAUGCGGGAGACCCCCCGGAGCCCCGGGACUCCACCAUAAUUCCGUCAUCGUCGACAACGUCUCUGUUGGUUGCACCAUCGACGGACGUGUGCCAUAACGUCUCUAGUAAUUGUUGCCCUCCAGAGGAGUGCAAUUUGCAAGAGUCGUCUUCAUUGUCUUCAUCUUCCAUGCCCAAGGAGUCCCUCAGUGAAAUGGUCAUAGACUCAAGCAGAAACGAUUCUGGUUUCGAUAGCAAUGCUGUGACCUCAACGAACUCCCUGGAAGAGUCCGUUUCACAGGCUAAUGAGGCAUGGAAUUACAGUAAUAAUGUGGUAGAAGAAGCUGAUCAAUCGGCCGCCAAUCUCACCGCAGAUAUAGCUAACAAUAGCAUAUCAGACAAAGAACAAUCAAUGGUUAAUAAGGUCACAUCCACUCCGGUUGAUCUAAGCGGUUUAGAACUCCUCUCAAACAUCAGCAUGGAAAUCGAAAAGAAAGUUCCCUUCAUCAAACAAGAACCAAUCGAUAUGAUCCCCCAAACACCGACCCAACUCCAAUCGACCCAAGAAGCAGAGCUCCACGAACAAUCAUUCUUAGCUCCAUCUCAGACGGCAAUUUGCAAUGGGGGCUCGAGUGAAGUUUUGGACGAGAAGUCUUCCACUGAACAGUACCCCGAACAAUUGGGAGGACUGAAUUUGCUCUGUGCGUUGGCCGAGCAACGAAUCCAAGAAGAGGAUGGUAAGCGACAUCGCAAACGCUCCUCAUCUUCAUCGGCAGAUAGUCACGGGUCGAAAAAGAAAAAGCAUAAACAUUCCAAAUCGAGCAAGAAAUCGCGGCAUGAUAAAGAGAAAAAGGAUCGUAAACGCCAUCGACAUUCACAAGAUGAGGAACAUGCCGCCGAUGGGUCGUCUGUUGCGGUCAGUGGAGCCGCAAGCAGUAGCCAGCAGGACUAUGGUGCCGACGAUGCUAACGCAGGGGACGAAGACGACAGCGUUGGAAAAGAGAUUAAAGAAACUUUUAUCAGAGUCAAGGCACAAUAUGCAACGUGUAGCACUUGCAAAACUGAAGCAAGCCCGCCGCACUGCUGCAAAGAAAAGUGCAACUGGCCCACGCCCGAAGAACUGAUCAGUGCUAUGGAAACGGACAUGCGACUCAGACUUGCAGACAUAACGCGACAGUGCCAGGAGAAGAAACGCGAAUUGGAGGAGAUCAAUCCAUUGCUGCAAGCGCGCAAGAGCCAAUUGCAAUCAGACCGAGAAUCGACGCCUGUUUCAAGCAAGAGCUCUGCUUCGAGGACGUUCCUCUCGGACAAACCCGGUCCCAAGUUCACUUGCCUCUCUCCUAGUCUACUCUCAGAAACGCUUGGCGGCAUUGAGUUGCCGAAAGCUUCCAGUGAUACUGAAUCCAGUAAAUUCGAAGAUAUCGAAACGAGCUCAUCAUCGUCAUCGAAGCGAAAGGCCGGAACCCCUCGUAAACAUGAUGAAGGGAGCACAGAAACGAUAGUUGCAAAGAAGCCUAAAAGUCUUGUGGGCUACAUUCUAGCCUCAAAGAACCGUCACAACGAAAAUGUUAAGGAGAAGAAUGUCUUCGAUAGUGCUGGCUUCCUGACUGACGAUGCCAGUGUAUUUUCCGAGUCCUCCUGUAAACUUCGAGCUAGUGUGUUCAAAACCGAGCUCAAAACUACAAUCAAACAGGAGGUUUUCGAUGAUGAGCAUUCAAAACAGACAACUCCCGACUCAUUCCCAAUGUUUAGUGAUAGUAGUAACUUUACGCCUGAGAAGAAAGUCCAUAAGAAGUCGACGCGACACCAUUCGAAACAUAAGAAGUCAAAAAGCAGCAAAGAAAAGAAGCAUAAAUCGUCCGAGGCGAAGGAGAAGAAGCGCAAGAUAGAUGACCGAUGUGUGCUCAAAGCCGAGCACUUGGACAAGGACAAGACUAGAGUACUUACGGCCAUGGGUGGAUUGUUCUAUGCAGGGUGUUUGAGCCCCCUGCAACCACCUGAUGUGUAUGCAGUAACGUUGGAUGGGGAGCGGGGUAACCGACCACAUAUUAUGUCCCGCGAAGAGGUCUUGAGGGAUGCUAUAUUAGAAAUCAGUCCCGCAUCAGUUGAGGAAGUCCCACCUGGAACUCGUUUAUGCGCUUACUGGAGCCAGCAGUAUCGAUGCUUGUAUCCAGGCACGUCGGCUGAGCCCGGUACCCCCGACUCCGUCUACGAUAAUAAGUUUGUGAGCGUGGAAUUCGACGAUGGCGACAGUGGAAGGAUUGCUCUGGAAGACAUUCGGUUUUUGCUCAAUGAUUAUCCAAUUGUCGAAUACGACCCGAAUCCAUUGCUAUCAUUGGGGAAGCGCAAGCGUCGCAUUAGUCAAGCACAAUCUGAGGCUGCGUCAGGUUCAAAACCUGCAGAAGCCACCCCGUCAACCAGUCAAACGAAAACAGAAUUAUGCAGCAGUGACUACCUUGAGCGACGACGAUUGAAGAAAAUCCGAAAAGAUCGUCAAAAACGACUCGAUCUCGAUGGAGCUGAAGGAUCAGAACGUAAACACAAGAAGAAGCACAAGUGCACCGAUGAGUUUUGUAAGCAUCGAAAGCACAAGAAGAGGAGGAAGCAUAAGAAGCGUCAUCAUCGUGAAAAUGUUGCCGCCGCGGAUUCGUCACAAGAUGCUGACUAUUCACAGGAUGCAUCCCCAGUCGAUGAACAAUACACCAUUGAACAGGACGACAGCAUAUCACAGAAUGGCGAGGCGAAUGAAACUGAGGCUGCUACACCGAAGAAGGAAGAACCCGAAGAGGAGGCUGAUGCGUUCGACCCAAAUGCAAAGGAGGAUACAAUGACAGAAGAGGAGGUGGCUUCGUCGAUCACAGAAAGUUCAGGAUCAAUUUAUGAGCCCGGGAAGAAGAAGGAACGUCAAAAUUCUGCCGACAAUCAUAGUAAGAUCGCAGCAUUCUUGCCUGCUCGACAGCUGUGGGCUUGGUCAGGAAAGGGAUAUCGUAGAGCGGGUGCUAAGGGACGUGCCAAGAAGCAUUUCUACAAGACAAUUCAACGUGGAAAGGAGACAAUAACGCUUGGCGAUAGUGCGGUAUUCUUAUCAACGGGACGUCCAGAUCGACCUUACAUUGGACGUAUUGAAUCCAUGUGGGAGACAUCUGCAAGCAAUAAAGUGGUUCGAGUUAAGUGGUUCUAUCAUCCCGAGGAGACUGUUGGGUGCUCUAAUCUCAAAUUUCCGGGUGCUCUAUUUGAAUCCCCCCACGAGGACGAGAACGACGUUCAAACGAUAUCACAUAAAUGUGAAGUUCUCCCGUUGGAUGCCUACACCGCGAAAUUCGGCCAGGACCCCAAGCAAUACCAGUCGAUUUACGACAACAACGACACCUACUACCUAGCUGGCUACUACGAUCCGACAGCACAAAAUCUCAAGCUUCAACCACAUAUUCCAACGCUAGCGGAAAACGACAAAUGGGCAUAGGUUCCCAAAAACACAAACCAUUUCACCUAGCCAAGCAGUCGUGGGUGGAAGGAAAAAAAAAUCAAAUCAAAAGUCCCAACGAUAUUUAAAUUUGUGAUGCUAUUGCUGUUGAAGAAAAAGAAAUAUUAAAUUUUUUUCUUUCUGUUAUUUCUAAGUUUGUUGUUUUCUCAAAACGAUAAGAUUCCUAAGAUUUUUUUUUCACAAGAAGAAAGAUGAAAGAUAGAUGACUUAAGAAAGAUUAGACUGUAAACAGUGAUCAUUGGAUUCAAUAGUGUGAUAAGAGCUGAGGAAGUAGAAACUCCCAGGAUAUGGGUAAUGCCAAGUAUACUAAAAAAAUUGAAAAUUUAUGGAAGAGCUGAAAUUUAGAUUUCUCUUGAUGAUGACGAAACCAACUACAGGAUAAAAGAUUAAUGUGAAAAGUGAUUGUUGACAAUAUUCUAUUGAUCGUUUGUUUUCUUUUUCGUAUAGUUUUAUUUGAUAAUUUUAUUUUAUAUAAUCUCGUGAAUGUUUUCUGUAGAAAUAUUUCACUGCGCGUCAGGAGGGUGUGGUGAGUUGUUUGGUCGCCACCGCGUCGGCGGCAGCGGCGGGUUUUUCUCGUUUUGCAAAGUAGAUCAGUAGAUGAAACUGCAAUAUUGCAUUAGAAACGCUGGUCGUAUUUCUUCUGUUUGUCUUUGAUAAGUAAGUCAUAAGUUACGAUAACUCCUUAAAGUACUUCAAUACUAAUACUUAGCUCUAAGCCCGUUGUAAAUUGAUGUACAUAAUAAUUUGAUGUUUUAGAAGGACAGGCGCGACCGCCUCCUUCGAUAAAGUGACCAUUCAAAUGCAUAUUUUAUUACCGUUAAACACAUCCAGUUGCUUUCUAGGCCUAAGAAGUAGACUCUGAGUAUAAACGUAGAAACAGUGACAGUGAAUAGACGACGAUUCCAUUACUACCCCCCUUAAACUGCUAAGGAUUAAGUUAAUGUUAAACAACUGUAAAAAUUGCUAACUAGUCUUCUUGCAAGAGUUCGAGAAGAUGCGAUCCGAAUCAAAAACUCAAAUCCCAUAUGUGUAAAAAUGUAUAGGAAUGACAAAGUCAAACUAACCUAAAGCUACUAUUAGUCUACGGAACUAUAUAUCAUCCACUUAAUCAUUGUAGUUUGUAAUUUACCUAGUGUUACUGAUUUAAGCGACUUUUGGGAACCCCGUUCUGUACUAUAAAAAGGAAAAAUUCAUGAAAUCUUAAGUGCGAAUCCUAAACAACCAUUUUGUAUCGAUCAGAGACGAGAGAUAAUUUGUGUUUGGGGUGUAUUUAUCGCUCUACGAUAAUAUUUGUUAAAUAGACGAUGAAAAUAACAAAAAAAAACAAUAAUCACAGAGAAAAUAUAUAUUUUUUCACGAAAAGAAGUCAAUAAAACUGAAAAAAUUUAUUAGUAACGCGUGCAAGAAAGUGAAGAUCUUGAAACUAUAAAGAGUUAAGAAGCAAAAACUGUGUACAUUUAUAUUAGGCUAAGCUUGGACGUAAGACCUAUAUUCAUUAUUAUUAUAUAUUAUCUUUAUUGAAAAAUAAUAAAUUUAAGAAAUUCAAUACGAAA